GGCAGCUAGCGGACUGCAGCACAGACAGCUGUUACACUGAAAACACAACAAACACGCUUUUAUUCACACUUUCAUCCGACAUGCGACACACACACACACACACGGACAGGAGCCUUCAUUAAUCGGCUGUUUGUGAAGGUGGUUGUUCGGAUCCUGGGAGAAGUUUAUCGGUGUUUCUUUACGGAUUGUGGAGUAAAAGUGAGAUGUUCUGAAUGGAGCUAACUGUGAGCUAACAGGCUAACAACAUGGAGAGGGUUUAAUGAACUUUAAAACCACUUUAACUCGGUGACAUCAACAGGGGACAUCAUGGACUCGCUGCUGGACUUUGAGGAGUGUGUGAAAGACUCACCUGAGUUCAGAUUGAAGCUCGAGCUGUUUGAGGCGGAUGUUAAUGUGCUCGAGACACACCUGGACAAGGUGAUGAAGCUGUGCGGCAAGAUGGUGGAAGCGGGACAAGUGUACAACGCAGCCAAUCAGCUGUUCCUCUCCGGCCUGGCUGAGCUCUCCAUGUUCCACCAGAAGGACAGCGUCAUCAACAACUGUUUGAAUCAGUUCAACCAGGGCCUGCAGGAAAUGAUCAGCUUCCACACUAUUUUGUUCGAUCAGACUCAGCGAGCCAUCAGCCAGCAGCUGACCAACCUCUGCACACAGUUCCUCCCCCAGCUGCUCGACACCAGGCGGGAGUUUCUGCGGAUCGGGGGGGAUCUGGACUCGGCGGCGCUGAAGAACUCUCAGGUUUCUCGCCACAGAGCGACGGACGCAGAGCGAGCGAGUCACCUGCUGCUCGCCACCAGGAAGUGCUACCAACACUUCGCCCUGGACUACUGUCUGCAGCUCAACACCUUCAAGACUCAGCAGAGAUUGGACGUCUUAAACUCAGUGUUCUCCUUCGUCCAUGCUCAGUUCACCUUCUUCCAUCAGGGCUUCGACCUGCUGCGAGACCUGGAGCCCACCAUGAAGACCAUGGCCGCCCAGUUAUCACAGCUGUCCGCAGACUGCGCUGCUAAAAGGAAAGAGCUGGAGAACACACACCUGCUGGUGCAGCAGAGGGACGCUUCAGGGGAGCCGCUGGUCGUCCCGUGUCCCGGCAGCGAGGAUCUGAUCCAGGGUUACCUCUUCAAACGCUCCCGCAGGAAAACCAAGACCUGGAAGAGAGGCUGGUUUUCCAUCAGAGACAACCAACUGAUUUACAGAAAGUCACACAAGGAGGCGUCGGUGGUUUUGUUCGAGGAUCUGCGACUGUGUGCCGUCAAAUCUCUGGAGAACAUCGACCGGCGCUUCUGCUUCGAUCUGCUCUCUGUGCAGAAGAGCUGUGCUCUGCAGGCGGAUUCUGAGGAGGUGAAGCAGUCGUGGCUCGAAGCUCUGCAGGGAAGCAUCGACCUCGCCUACAGACAGCCUAAAGAGGCUCCUCCCCCUCAGGGUGGGGGCGACUCCUCCCCGGCCCCCCCCCCUCAGAGGCAGUCUGUGCUGGGCGAGGCGUUCAGGGCCCCCGGGAACAUGCUGUGCUGCGACUGUGGAGAGGAGGAGCCUCGCUGGGCCUCCAUCAACCUGGGGGUCACCGUCUGCAUCCAGUGCUCCGGCAUUCACCGGAGUCUGGGAGUCCACCUGUCCAAGGUGAGGUCUCUCACUCUGGACUCCUGGGAGGCAGAGCAGCUGAAGCUGCUGUGUAUUCUGGGUAAUAACGUGGUGAACAGGAUCUACGAGGCUCGAUGUUCGGAUGAAGGACGAGUCAAACCCCGAUCCGACAGCUCGAGAUCAGAGAAAGAGGCGUGGAUCAAAGAGAAAUAUGUGGAGAAGAGAUUUGUGCAGAGCAGCUCAGAGGGAGCGGGGAAGGCGGCGGCCGGGCGGCGUCUGUACCGGGCGGCCAUGGCGGGGGAUCUGGUUGCCAUGGCAGCGGCGUUGGCCGAGGGGUCUGAGGUCAACGGGAGCAUCGGCGAGGACGGGGGGGGGCGAACCCCGCUGAUAGGAGCCGCUAUCGGGGGCUCUCUGCUGGCCUGUGAGUUCCUGCUGCUGAACGGAGCCAAGGUCAACCAUCGAGACCUCAGAGGACAAGGAGCGCUGCACGCUGCUGCCACCGCGGGACACACCGGUCAGGUGUGUCUGCUGCUGAAGAGAGGAGCCAAUCAGUACGCGGUAGACGAGAGGGGGCAGGACCCAUUGGCCAUCGCCGUGGAAACAGCCAACGCUGACAUCGUCACGCUACUUCGGAUGGCCCGGAUGAACGAAGAGAUGAGAGACUCAGAGGGAGUGUUUGGAGCUAUAC